AUGAGUUACUGGAUCAAGAAGCGUGUGCCCGCAGAGCACGUGCUCGGAACUGUCAAAUGGUUCAACGUUAAGGACGGCUAUGAAUUCAUCAACAGGAACAACAAUUACGAGGACGUCUUCGUUCAUCACACGGCCAUCGCUCGCAAUAAGCUACAGAGAGUAAUUCACAGCUUAGGAGAUGGAGAGAUGGUCAAACCUGUAGUCGUUCUUGGAGAGAAAGGUGGCGACGCGCCCAACGUGACCGUGCCCGUUACAGAAUCCGUUCUAGGAAAUCCGUACGAUGCUGACCGGCGUUGUUUUCACGGAGCCUUCUUCCCCUGA